AUGGCAUUCUCUUUCUGUUUUGGUGAAGACUUUCAUAAUUUUGAGUGCAACAUGGUUCAUUAUUCCACCAUCCUGGUUGUCAUAAAAGGAAACCAAAUGUGUGCCUUUCACAGUAUAGUUUGGACCUGUGCAUCCAAUUGCGAAUGGUGGGGAGUUUGGUGCCAACCUGGACAUGUUAAAAAAAUCAGCUUGUUCAUUUCUUCCACAUGGAGUGUUUCCAAGCUGUGGAUGAGUCUCCACCAUCAGCGAGAUAUCUUUAAAUCAGCAGAGCAAGUGGGGAAACUCAAGAAAUCCAGUGUUGGCCCUUGGCUAUCACAUUCUUGUCUCCAGAUUGAAGACUUGGAGCUUUUUCACUGUGCAUUGCUAGUACCUGACAUUAAGUGCAUAUUGUCAGUUUCCCCCAAUGGCAUCGGUCAUGCUUCUGUCCUGUGGUGA